CACGAAGAGAAUGACGACGGUCCGGAUGCUGUUUCUCCUCGGCGCGGCGUUCCUCGCGCUCCCCGAGGUCCGCGCCGCCCCGACGAGAUACGACCAGCGGCAGGAAGGCAGCGUGAAUGCGCAAGUCAAGCUGGAGAACUUGCUCUUCGUCGUGGCCGUCCCGAACUUAGGCGGGCCUUUAACCGAAGCAGCGCUGGGGGCUCUCGACCAGAUGAUAUCCCGAUCGAAGAACGGCUUGUUCAAGUCCGGCGAGGGGGCUCACCAAAACGAGCCCUUCUCCGUGGAGAUUGUACAGCUAAAUGAGAACCUGGACAAGGACGGCUCGGUGCGGAAGGCGGAAGAAGACGCGGGAACGUCGAGCGUCUCGGAUCAGCGAGCGACGCCUGUCGGCUACGAGCCGGCCGGAGGAGCCGAGAGGGUCGCGAGGAACGUCAAGAACUUCGAGUUCCCGAAGAGCCGCGAGGUGCCGGCCGUCCCGGGGUACUUCGCCAGCGCGAGGAAGCCGUCCAGGCCCAAGACGGGAAGCAGCGGUCGGGCGCGCAACGUCGUCGGGAACGCCUGGACCCCUGACGUCGAGCCGGGAAGGCCGGGCACGUCGCUGAAGAAGCAGCUGCCUCAGACGGGAGAAGAGGACGUCGCGCCGAGCGCCGGCAAGAACGACGUGUCGCCGCUCGCCGAGGAGAAGCAGCAGGAGCUGAGACUGCUGGGCGACGGUGUCGAGAAUUGCGGUCCGGGGAGGCGUCGCGACGCAUCCGGCGUCUGCCAGUUCGACGGUCCGGCCGGCUCUCACCUGUAGACUUAAGCUCCCGCGGCUGUAGCUCUUAAAACAUCAAAACGUACCAAUUGUUAUCACGCGAUUAUCCGCCACGGUGCGAUUA